AUGACGUCAUGGCCAGAACCAACUCCACAAUUUCUGGAAGUCGCCAAAACAAAACUUCAACUUUCUCCUGAACCCUUUAUCAUUGAGAAAUACCUACUCAGCCAACCGACAGAAUACCCAAUGGCACGCAUGCUCCCCACCCACGAAACCUCUCCCCUCCUCAGCCACGGGACCAGCAGCCCUGCCACUCACAGAAACCCCUUGUCCUCCCUCUCCCUCCAGCGCCUGAAGCACCACCUCACAACCGAAAUCACACCGCACCGCACGGACCUCCUCCUCCUAACCUGCUACAUAAUCACCGGUCUUCUCGACAGCUCCGCCGUGUUCAUAUGGGGCUCCUUCGUGAGCAUGCAAACCGGCAACACCGUAUACCUGGGUCUCGGAUUGUCAGGACUAGACGAGAGCGGAAAGGCACAGCGGUGGCUGAAAGCGCUGAUUUCAAUCGCGAGUUUCUGUGUUGGCAGUCUUCUCUUCACGCUUCUCUCGAGGAUGUUCCGGAGUCCGAGGGAACGAGGUGCGUUGGCACUCAGCUUUACGGUGCAGAUGCUCUGUGUUGCUGUGGCGGCUGGUAUUGUGACUGUGCAUAAAGCGAGUAAGGCGGAUGAAUUGGGCUGGGAGAUUGCGCUGCCGCUGGCGCUUGUUGCGUUUCAGAGCUCCGGGCAGGCGGUUACGAGUCGGGUUGUUGGGUUCAGUGGGUUGACGAGCGUGGUGCUUACCAGUGUUUACUGUGAUUUGUUUUCGUAUCUUGGUGGUUCUGGGAGGGGGAAGGGUGCGGAUGAGUGGAGGCGUCUUGGGGCUGUUGUGGGAUUGUUUGUGGGUAUUUUGCUCGGAGGGGCUUGGGCGAAGAGUGAGGUUGGGCUUAUGGGGGCGCUGUGGAUGGUGGUCGUGCUGAAAGGCGCGAUUGUGCUUGCUUGGUUGCUUUGGAGCGGUGAGGGUGAUAGGGCUGAGUAG